AUGUUUAGAGAUACUCACAAUCAUGAAUAUCGUAAUCAAACAUCAAGACUACCGUCUCCAAUACGGCAAACGGUUUCAAAAUAUGUUGAUAUUGGUAUGACAACAACUCAAAUCCGCUCGUCGGUUUCAAUAGAUUGUCCAAAUAUCCCAGUGUCAUCAACCAAGUUAACAUCAUUAGUUCAAAGCCAACGUCGAAAGGAUCGUCCUGAAACAUUUUUAGUGUACGAUUUUCGCAAAUUGUGUAGUGAUCAUCAAGAUGGUACUCAUUCACAUUCAACCAUUGUGCCAUUUUAUUGUAUUAAUGAUAUCGACGACUUGUUUACUUUUUUUACGACGAAGAAUUUAAUUCAACAAAUUCAAUUUACUCAAUCAUUACAAGUUGAUGCUACGUACAAAAUCACAUGA